AUGAAUGACAGUGGCAAUCACCAACUAGAACCCAGCAAGCGGAAAGAGCUGGGUGGGGCUGCCAGGCAGAGGCGAACCCUCACGCCCCCAGGCCCCGCCUCGCGGCUGGAGGCCCGGUGGAACGGCAGGGGGCGGGGCGAUGAGGCUUGCCGGGGCUGCGGCUGUCGCAGGGCCCCUGCCCGGGCGGGCGAAGGGAACAGCUGCCGGCUCUUCCUGGAUUUUUUUGGCCUCUCGCUGGCCCUCCACCUGCUGACGUUGUGUUGCUACCUGGAGUUGCGCUCCGAAUUGCGGCGGGAACGGGGAGCUGAGUCCCGCCUUGGCGGCCCGGGCACCCCUGGCACCUCUGGCACCCUGAGCAGCCUCGGUGGCCUCGACCCUGACGGUCCCAUCACUCGCCACCUCGGGCAACCAUCACCUCAGCAGCAGCCUUUGGAACUGGGAGAAUCCACCCUGCCCCCUGACUCCCAGGAAGGGCACCAGAUGGCCCUACUGAAUUUCUUCUUUCCUGAUGAAAAGUCCUACUCUGUAGAGGAAAGUAAGCAUGUUCGCCGCAAUAAAAGAAGCAAAAGCAGUGAAGGAGCAGAUGGUAAGUCUAUUCAGAUGAUCCUUUAUGACUUCUGA